AAGCUAAGAUGUCGUCGUCGCCCUCGUCGACGGAGAGCGCGGUCAGCACAUCGGCGUCCUCACCGCCGCCGGCCGCGCCCGCACCUCUCGCGCCGCCGACCCCGGAAGUUGUCGCGAAGCGCAAGCGCAAGCUGCAGGCGCCAGCCCCCUGUUGGGGUCAGGAGCUCUGCCCCAACCUCGUCUGCCCCGUCGUCUCGGGCGGAAAGGGCGCGUUCCGAGAGCACUUUUGCGAACGGUGUCGGCUGGAGGACCUGUCGGUCGUCACGUCGCGCGUGUACCUGCCCAUUAUCGAAGUGCCGCCAAACUCCCGCACGACGGGCUUUUGGAACGAGGAGCCGGCGCGGCCGGCGCGCUGCGCACGCAUUUGGUGGCCAGCGCACCGCGUCUGCAACCAGACGUCGGACAGCGUGGGGCCUCGGCUGGUCAUCCUGCGCGACGACUACGCGACGCCGCCGCCCGGGCUCGUCUCGAUCACGUCCCUCCUCCCCUCGCUGGGCGGACGCGUUGUCUUUCGCGUCUCUCGCACGCUCACGCCGGUC